UCCGAUCAAAAGGAUAAAGAAAAGGGAGAGAAUAAAGAGAAAGCGGGUAAGGGAGGCAAAGAAGAUGGAGAAACAGAGCAUGGAGCUGACGAAGAGUACGAGCCAGACGUGCAGUUUGCCCCUGUCAUCCCGCUUCCAGAUCUGGUAGACGUUGUUACCGGUGAAGAAGAGGAGGAGGUUGUUUUCACCGCUCGCGCAAAGCUCUUCCGUUUUAUCAAGGAAACUAAGGAGAACAAGGAACGCGGUGUUGGAGAUUUGAAGAUUUUGCGUAACCCCAAGACCAAAUGUCACCGUGUGGUCAUGCGCCGUGAACAAGUGUAUAAAGUUUGCGCGAAUUUUGCCAUUCUGCCAUCUAUUGAGCUGAACGAGAAAAAAGGAAUGCCAAACGUGUACAACUGGGUCUGCCGGGACUAUUCGGAGUCACCUGAAGGCACGGAUGAGAUAUUCACAGCUAAGUUCAAGACCGCUGAAAUCGCGAAAGAGUUUCAUGAUAAGUUUAUCGCUGCGGCUGCUGCACAUCCGGGUGCUUCCAAGUAA